GGUACGGGGUACAAGGUUUACACAGGAUCAUACGGGAGCAAUACGGGAGAACGAAGAUUGUCGAUGAUGCCGACGAAUCUCGUUGGUGUACCUGUUGAUAAUCGAGUCCGACUUUGCGCGAGAAAAUAGAGAUUUGAAGCGAAAUUUUGCGAACGACACAUCCUUGAUACAAUUCGCGCUUGAUUUGGAGGUCGCGCAAUAACUGCUCGGAGCGUCUCUUCCGAAGAUGACUAAAAAUGUAACAAAACUCUGCGUCUGUUCGUGGAAUUAGCCAUUCUUUAUUAUUUUCUUUGUGAAACGGUGAUUAAGAUUUUUUGCAAAAGAGGAUGGCAAUACGCAUCACAUUGGAAUGUGGACACACAUCUAUGUUACGUAUGCGCACCACUCCUGAAGGAUAUACACAUGAUUGGGAAGUUUUUGUACGAGGAGUGGAUAAUGCAGACGUACAUCAUUACAUCGAAAAAGUUGUAUUCCUUUUACAUGACACAUUUCGGAAUCCUAAAAGAGUAUUAAAAGAACCACCGUUUGUUGUAAAAGAAUCUGGCUAUGCCGGCUUUAUGCUGCUAAUUGAAAUCUAUCUGAAAAACAAGGAUGAACCAAAGAAAUUUCAAAUAUCAUAUGAUCUUCAUCUGCAGCAAAGUGGUCCCCCUAUUAAUAAUUCCAUACGUCACACAGAAAUAAUUCGUAAUCCUUCAGAUGAGUUUAGGAAGAAAUUAUUAAAAGGUGGAGCUGUUGUAGUAUCAACCAGGGAUGGUUCAUUAGAAAAGAAUGAUGCGAAAGCAUCUACAAUGGUUGGCAAACCAAAAUUAAAUGGCAGUGAGAGUAAGAAACAUCGCGUUGCUGAAUCUAAAACUUCUAAUUCGUUUUGUGACUUGUUUGGCCCUCCUAUAAAAACGGCACCUACAAAAAUAUCACCAGACAGUAAAAAGGCAAGUCAGUCUGAUAAAACUUCUGUUCCUAAACCUUUAGCUGUUACUGAAAAAUCAGAUAAAGUGGAGAAAUUAAUAAAAACAAAAGAAAGUCCUCAUAAAGAUAGUAGAAAGGAUAAGGUAGAUGAGAAGAAGGACAAGAAGAUUAGAGACAGUUCUAAGGAUCAAUUAAAAAAUAAAGAAAAAUCCAAGAGACCACCUAGUCCUGGAAAUAAAAGUCAUUUGAGUCCUGGGAGCAAGAGACCUGUUUCACCUGUUGCUACGAAGAAGCUACCGACUCCUCCACCAUCCAUAAAGCGACCUCUAUCUCCUAAGUCAAGGGAAAAGGAAGUGAAAAAGAUUGCACUAGAAAAAGAAAAGGAUAAUAAAGAGAAGGACAAGGCAAAAAAUAAUUCUAAGAGUGAAGUGGAUUCCUCCAAGUCUGAGAAAAAGAAGGAUAAAAAGAAACACAAAGACGAUAGGGACAAGGAAAGGAAAGACAAAUAUAAAGAAGCAGAAAAAAUUAAUGUUAAGGAUGUUACAAAAAUAAUUGAGAAAAAACCUGAAAAAGCAGAUAAGAUAGAUAAGUCAGAUAAGGAGAAACCUCAAGAAUACAAAUCAUCGUCAAGAGAUGGCAGAAAAUCUCCAAAACCUUCGAAAGAAAUUGAUAAAGUGAAAGAUGACAAAACAAUCAAAGUGGAAAAAUUAGAAAAGAGUGAGAAGUCUGAAAAAAUAAAGGAUGGUAAAAAUGACAAAGAUAGGCAAAAACACAAGCAUAAAAAACACAGAGAUAAAAAAGAUAAAAGAGAUAGCAAAGAUAGAGAUAAAAAGGAAAAGAGGGAUAGAAGUAAGGAAAAACCAAACAUAUCCUUACACGUGUCCUCUGCAUCAGGUGGGAAUUCAUUGUCCCUUUUAACAGAGAUUCCAGAAAGAGACAGUAGCGAUUCGGCACCUUCGAUAGACGAUGAUUCGUUAUCCGAAAGUAAACCUACGAUCAAUGUGAAAAAAGAAACCGAACACGCCGUACUGUCCAUUACACUCGCAGAAACAGCAAAGCCACUUUCUCCUGGCAUAUCAGUGGAAGUGAAGAAGGAGAAGAGUGAUCGUAGCAGAAGAGACAAAUCUAAAGGAAGUAAAAGUGAGGAGAGAGAAAGUCGAAAGAGAAAGAGAAGCAAGGAAGACAACGAAGUUUCGGCGAAACGCGAAAAGGCCAGAGGUCAUUCAACAUCUCCACCUUUAGAGCCGGUUUCAUCGAGCCAGUCUCCAGUUGCAAUAGACAUCGACUCGCUCCACCAUUCAGAAAAGGAUGUGAAGAAGGAAUUUAAGAAAGAGAAGGAGAAUUGUGUUGAUUUGAUGGAACAAGUGAUAAACGAUAAAGACAUUGAAACCGAUGCUGAACAAGUGGCUCCGGAUUCAACGAAUAGUACUGAUGCGGAGAUCAGUGAACCACCGCUGCUUUCCGAGGAUUAUGUAUCUCAGCUCAAAGAUUUGCAACAAAAAAUAAUGACGUUACAAGAUAAUCAAGAGUUGCAGAGAGUUGUGCAAGUAAUUGCGGAGACUGGUCAAUACGAGAUCACCAAGAAGACAUUCGAUUUUGAUCUGUGUGCAUUAGAUCGUAGAACUGUGCAACGGCUUCAGCAGUUUUUCUCUGCAUCGUGACCAUCUGUAAUAUAAGGCAUGACAUAUUAACUUAUAUAUACAAUUUUUAAAAUUAUAUUAUGAUAGUACAAGAAAUUUUUUAGUGGCAAAAAGUAGUAAUACAUGAGACCCCAGAAGAACUUUGCAAGUAUAUUUCCAGUUUGACUGCAGUUGAUAGCUUAGAGAUGUACAUUGCAGUAACUUAUGAGAUGAGAGACUAAUGAUAGUAAGUAUAAUGCGAUAUAUAUAUUUCCUGUCUCACAAAUUUUGUUUAAAUAUUAUUCGCAAGUUAUUGCGAGAUUCUAGCAAAAAUCUAUCUUUAAAGUUUAUCAACGAAACUUGAUGGCUAACUGCUAUUAACAGAUUAUCAAUACUGUAAUUGUGCUUGAAUCUAAUAUCAAUAUAAGUUAAGUUGACUGCUAACAGUUUGUUUAUUGAACGGCCAGCUAGUAGAACUGACAACCAAUAUUAAUUUUAGCUAAUUUUUCUCAAAUAGACUUUCUAGUUAUUUCUAAUUUAUUAUAAUUUGUUGAUAAUCUACCUAAAAUUGUACAUUCUGCUUAAGAAAAAUUCAUGGAGAAUUUAAUUUAAUCUUCCAAUUCUGUCUAAGUACUAAAAAAAUAGAACAGAGCUCCUAAUGUUAGUAUCAUGCCUAGAAUUCGAUAUAUGUAAUAAACAUAUUUCAUCUUAUAGCGAACGUCAACUAUACAUGUUAUCAAUAAAGAUUUAGCGCAUUGUUAUCAUAUAGAAUACUUUCAAUGUUUUUUUGGGGUACUUGCAAACAUGUCUACAAUGCAUUUAUAUUAUAUUACAUGAACAAGAAAGUUGAUUUUAUAUAUAGGGUGACUUAUUAUAAUCUAUGAAUGAAUUUAUCUUUGAAAGUAUAAUCAACAUUCAUUAAAUAAAAUUGUAUAUUUUUGAACGUCAAUUAUAUAUAUAUUUUUUAAAUCGAUUCUUCUCAUUAUUGGAAUAAGGAAAUUAUUUAGAUAAAAAGCAGCUAGAGCUUUAGAGCUUGAAUUUUCUCAUAAAACUUUGCUACUACAUAAUUAUUAUUGUUAGAUUGUUUAAGCAUAAUGAUCAUGUACACUAAUUCUAUUGGAAAAUAAUCAAUCAUUUUGCUAAAGAUAGUAUUGGCAUUACAGUAAGAUUAAUUAUUAUCAUUGAACGAUAGUCUGUUUAUUUACUUAUUUUUAGAUUGUGUUUGCGAUAAUCUCUCAAGUAAUAUUCACGUUAAAUUUUGUUUAAUUCAAUUUAAUAACGAAUGUCGAAUAAAAUGCUACAAAGAAAUCGAGAUAUGUUCCGAACUAUUCACUUUUCAAAUACCUUAUUCUAAUACUUUUGUAUUCAGAAUAAUGAGAAGAAUUGAUUUACGUUAAAAAAUAUACAAUUUGAUUAAAACAACCGAGUUAAAAUAUUCGAAACGUUAUUUAUCUUUAACACAAAUACAUGCACCAUCUUCUUCUUGAAACAAUUUAAUCCUAUGUGCUAUUUUUACAUAUGUAUACAUAUACAUAUCGGUGCAACGCGUUCGACGACGUUGUCCGAUGUCUAACUUCACAACUUUUCUAUCUGUCCACUAUCUUUUUCUGAGAUCUCUAGUACUUAUUCCUUUAUUUAUUUCCUCUUUCCAAAUCUUUCUAAUUCUACGUUUUUGUCGAUCUGACACCCAUUUCAUAAUGAUUACUUUUCCUUAUCUGAAAUACUUUCAAAGAUAAAUUUAUUAUUAGACUAUAAUGAGUCAUCCUGUAUAACAUAUGUAUCAUUGUUGCACUGAUUUAGUGAAUAAGAAUUAUUUAAUCAUAGCAUAAUGCAUGUGUAGCAUGCAUAAUGUGUGCUUUGUAAUAUAAAACACACGUUUUUCUUCUUUUGAAGUAACGCCUUACUGGUUCACUUAUUUAUAUCAAAACUACAACAUAUUUAUUGAGUAUAGGUUAUACAAAUAUUGUAAACUAAUACUUGCGUUGAAUACAGAGACGGCGAAUUUAUGAUUAUGCACUAAUAUAGCGUGUAUUGCGUAUGUAUUAUGCAUAUAGGAAAUGAAAGAGUUACAUGAUAACUCGUGUGAUGUUAAGAUAUAUUCUGUAAGAUAUACAUUGAAGAAAUUCUUUUUCCAAACAUAAUAUUUUCUACUUGCAAAUUGUAUUGUUAAGCUACACCAAAGUUAUAUGUCAUACUGACAAAGCUAUAUUGCUAUUAGAUUGAUCUGGCUCUUUAUAUUGAUCGAUGGCAAUUUGAUUAUAUCGUACUCAAAAUUAAUAAACAUUGCAAAACGUAUGCAACACAUCAUUAACAUACACAGUGUCAACUCUUUCUCCGCCUUUCAUUGUUAGCUCUUCUUUAAACUAAUAAUAAAUUUUGUGCUAGAUAAGACUGGCGUACAUACAGAUUGUCACACGUGUAAACUUUUCUCUUCGAUUUUUACUUCGUAAUAUUGAAUCUGUCUAAUCCUCGUAGCAUUGGGAAUGUGUAGUACAACAAUACACACAAUUGUGUAUAAUCCUGUAUAAUAUCAUAGACCAGUCAUAAUGUUACGUGCAAUUGAUACAUCAAAUAUUCUAAUGUUCUCAUAAUAUUAAAAAUAAAUAACAAAGAGUGUAUAUUAUAUAUAAAUUAAGGCACUAUGUAUAGUUUUGCAGUGUGUUAUUCAUAAGAAUGUUAACGGAAUGUAUGGGAGACGUCAGCGGUUAUAUUUCAAGAAGUAUGUUCGUUGUCAAUCGAAUCAAAGGUGUGUAUGUGUUAUGUAUGCCUGUCGAAUAAAGUGAAAUACUCAAUGUUAUGCCGUUCGGCAUACAUUGUCGUAAUAAAACGCAAAUAAAUGAAACAGUGUUUUUUUAA